AUAUUUGAUCGCAUUGCUGAGUUAUGAAGGAGUUCCAAAUGAAUUCUUCAUGGAUGUACUUAAAAGAAAUUUAGAAGAUGCAGACCAUAUCUAUACCAAAUUGGGUACUGCCCUCACAGCUUCUGUCGACCAUGGUGAGAUGGAUGGAUUCAAUGCAGCAGCAAUGAUUUUAGGUGGGAUCCCUCUUGAUGAAUCAUUUCUACAGUAUCACUUGACUAAACUUGUAAAAGUGGAAAAGAACAAGCUUAGUCAAGGGAAACUAUACUUGGAAGAUUGUUUCUACAUGAUGGGGACUGUUGAUCCCACCUGUUCCCUUAAACCCAAUCAAGUUUGUAUUAUUCAUGAAAAUGUCCAAAUUACCGGGAAUGUGCUAGUUUAUCGAAAUCCAGGUUUACAUUUUGGGGACAUUCACAUAAUGCAGGCCACAUUUGUGGAGGGACUAGAAUCUUAUGUUGGACAUGGAAAAUCUGCAAUUUUUUUUCCCUUGUGUCGGUUCUCGUUCCGUUGCACAUGAGAUAGCUGGAUGUGAUUUUGACGGUUACAUAUAUUGGAUUUCAAAAAAUCCUCAGCUGUUGCAAUAUUUUAGACAGAGUGACCCUUGGAUUGAAAGACCAGCUAUCAGAUUGAGUUCUUGUGUCAUAAAGCCAUGUGAACUUUCACAUGAGCAACUUGAGGAAGAACUUUUUAAGCUAUGUCUGGAAACUCGGUUCCAACAAAGUAGCACAAUACGUGUUGCAGCUGAUAGUUGGAUGGCACUCAUGGACCGCCUUUUGAUAUUAAGAAAUGACGUAACAAAUGAAAAGGAGGUGCAACAAGUUAAAAUUAAUAUCCUUAAAUUGUCUGAUUUAUACUACAAGGCAUUAGAUGCUCCUAAGAAAGGUGGACGAAAGAUCCAAGUUCCAAUGGAUUUGACUGCAGAAUUGUACCCGCACUACAUGGAUAGGAACAACUCUUUCACUUCAACCUCUAUCUUAGGUUCAAUAUUUGACGAGGUUUGCAGAUGGCAAAUAACUGAUAUAUCUGGGAUUGAAAUUAGAAAACUCCCCUGCUUUGAUGUUGAUAUACCGGGGCACUUUAAGCAUGUGUGGGAAAAACUGUAUCUUGAGUAUAGUCAUAUUAUGAGUAAUGAAGAGGCAAAUGAAGUCAUUAAGAUGUAUAAGAAGAAAUUUGAUGAUGCUAUUAACAUAGAGAAUGGUUCAAAGGGUAUCACUGAUAUUUAUAACGAGGCUUUGGCUGUGUAUCACGUUACUUAUGACAAUGCCAUUUUCAAAAAAGAUGUUGGGAAAUGUGGCUUUGCAUGGAAGGUUGCUGGCUCAGUUCUUGUUAGAUUUUAUGCAGAAAAACAGAAUCAGAAGACUCUCAUAUGUAGUUCUUCUACAUUGCGUGAGAUAUUUGGUUCUUGAAACGCAUCGACUUGGUUCUAUGAUACUGUUUGGUUCUGUUGUUGUGCUUUGUGUGUAUAUUCUCCCUGUUGGCAUUUGACUUUUGUUGUGAUUUUGUGUUUGUUUUUGUGGCGUUGCGCGUGCCUUAGCUGCUUGUGCAACUUAUAUAUCCUGUUUCUGCUUAGUACUUGUACUUUGCAAAGCUGUAAUGAAAUUUGUA